AAGCUGUGACGUAUCGAGUUAAACGUCAAACUUGUGAAUGAUCCGGGCAAUCCGGGAUAAGUGCUAAGUGUGGUUUUCAAUUGAAAAAAUGAAACAAAUAAUGACACGAUGGUAGAAAUUGCAACCGAGCCAUCGAACGUUGGAACCUCCAAACAAAAUAAUCGUUAAAACUUUUGUUGAAUGUAAAUUACGAAGAAAGAAUGUUGAAUAAGCAACUGAAUCAACAGUACGAAACAAAAGCAAUAAGAAGAAGGUCAGUCGAGAUUGCUAAUGGUCUGCAAAUCAAAAUCGUUUCUACAACCAAUAAUCUAAUGAACGAAGGCGUCAAACCUUGCGGUGGAGAUAAGCAGCAAUAGCGUUAGUAUCAUUUAUAACGCGAUAACAAGACACCCGAUUACAAGAUGGGUGCAAACGAAUCUCCUGGAAGCGCCAACGAUGGAAUUACUCACGUCAUGAAAUUGACAAGUGCAAUAUUUUAUGGAGUAGCUUCAUUUCUAAUUACCGUAGUCAACAAAACAGUACUCACAUCUUACCAAUUUCCGUCGUUUUUGGUGCUAAGUUUGGGUCAACUUGCGGCUAGUAUUAUCGUUUUGUUCCUGGGAAAGCAUUUUAGUAUAGUAAAAUUUCCGGAUUUCAACCGAGACAUUCCGAGAAGAAUCUUCCCGUUGCCAUUAAUUUACUUGGGAAAUAUGAUGUUUGGACUCGGUGGCACGCAGGCCCUUAGCUUGCCUAUGUUUGCCGCUCUGCGACGAUUCUCCAUCCUAAUGACGAUGAUUCUCGAGCUGAGGAUUCUAGGCGUCCGACCUUCCACUGCAGUGCAAGUCAGCGUUUACGCUAUGGUUGGGGGUGCGUUGCUCGCUGCCAGCGAUGACCUUAGUUUUAAUCUGCACGGUUACCUGUUUGUAAUGGUUACCAAUAGCUUAACGGCUGCAAACGGAGUGUAUAUGAAGAAAAAGCUAGACACUGCUGAUAUGGGCAAGUAUGGACUGAUGUACUACAAUUCGCUUCUUAUGUUUCUGCCAGCACUCGUUGGAACUUGGCUGUGUGGAGAUCUAGAUAAAGCCUGGCGAUUUGAGGCGUGGAACGAUCCUGUUUUUGCCAUACAGUUCCUGCUUUCCUGUGUGAUGGGCUUCAUCCUGACGUACAGCACUAUCCUAUGUACACAGUACAACUCAGCACUGACGACGACCAUCGUGGGUUGUUUGAAAAACAUUAGUGUAACUUAUAUUGGUAUGUUCAUCGGAGGAGACUACGUGUUCUCCUGGCUCAACUCCAUCGGAAUCAACAUAAGCGUCGCAGGGUCGUUGCUUUAUACGUACGUGACGUUCCGGAAAAAGAGUCCCGCUGGGGGUGCUAGCUCAAUGGUUAGUAAUCAGGCAGCGGACCGCAAAGCUUUACUACCUUCAUCAGGUCGUGUCGACGAAGUGUGGAAAAUGUUACUACGAGGGAAUCAAUUUCAGCAGCUCAGGCGAGUGUGGAAUAAAAAUUUAUGCACUGCUGCUGCCCAAGCUUCACCAAAGAAUGACUCCGAUUCAAAUAAUGCUUCGCCGGUGGACGAAUUUACACAGGAAUUCCUGAAAAAUCAAAUCAAACUAACGGAUACGCAGAAGUGCAUCCUGAGUGCUGGAAGUUCACUAGCCGCACUGCUAAACCCAAGAAGGCAUGACAUGAUAGCCUGUUUGGGUGAAACAACCGGUACUGCUGCUUUGGAAAAUAUUCGAUCUCAAAUGCUUUCCUCAACUGAAGGACGCCAGGUGCUUACGGAAAAACCUCGCAUCAAUACCCACACCGUCAACAUGGAUGCUCUCAGAGCACUUCCUGAGAAUAGUUUUGGCUUUCACUACGUACAAUUCCUAGAGAAGCACGAAAUAACUCCAGACUCCCGCAUGGAGGUUCGAUUCAUGGACGAUCCUGAGCUUGCCUACGUUAUGACACGCUAUCGUGAGACCCACGACUUGGUACAUACAGUUCUCGAUAUGCCGACUAAUAUGCUUGGGGAAGUCGCCGUGAAAUGGGUAGAAGCGAUAAAUACAGGAUUGCCCAUGUGUUACGGAGGCGCUGUCUUCGGAGCCUUCCGAUUAAGACCAAAACAACGUCAAAAAUACCGUCAAUAUUACCUUCCCUGGGCAAUCCAGACGGGUCAGCGUGUAAAACCACUAAUGUGCGUAUAUUGGGAAAAACGAUGGGAUCAAGAUAUCAAAGAACUACGGAAGGAGCUAAAUAUUAAUGUUCUUUCAACAAACCUAUAAUAAAAUCUAGUCAUACAUAGGUAAUUUA